CGUCAGAUUGAUUUAUAUAUUAACCAAUACUGAGACAAAUCUUUUGUAAAGCGUCUAUUGUUAUUUUUUGCCUGCACCAAUCAUGGGUGUCGGUGGGCGAGCUUGAGAAGCCGUGUUGUUUUUCAGGAAAAUUGAAUGACGGCUGUCUUGAGCGGAACAAGGUCUGUGGAAGAGCAGGUAGAAGCUGUGAUAGGCUAUAUAGGAGAAUGGAUGCCUUUCAGAACCUUAAUGAAGCUUGUUCAAAGCUUGGACAUCUGGCUUUAAACAACUGUCAGUCACCAGUACCUGCAAAUACAGAGAAUGAAGAAUCACUCACCCGUAUUCUCAGGUUAAGAGAACAAGUGGCUGAACAGUGUUCGGAAAUGAAAAUCCGAAUAAAGUCAGAUCAAGGCAAUUAUAGCAUCCCUGGAAUCCUUGCAGAAGAAAAUCCAAAUAUAACGGAAAUGAUAAAAGAUUUAGAAGAUGUGAAACACUCUAUCCACAACAAAACAUUGGCCCUACACAGAAUGCAGUUUACCCAUGCUGUGUUGGAAAAGAUGAAAGAAAAUGACAAAGAAGGACAGUUAAUGAAGGCAACAGUGAAGCACACACUAAGCCUUUGUUCACGUAUAUUCAGAUUAAAACAGGAGUCCAGUGAAAUUGAAGACCAGGUACGAGAAGUUAGGAAAAGGAGACUAGCACUGAAGAAAGAAGCUCUUGGGAAAUUGAUGGAAAUGCGAGCAGCAAAAAAGAGAAAAGAGGAGAAGAUGCAAGCAUUGCAGAGUGAGAUGUUGAAGAAAGGUCAGGGGAGCAUGGAGAAGUAUCUCAAGAUGGUUACUCUGGUGCAAAAUGUACUUCAGGGGAUUAUCAUUGGCAGCCGAGUGAACUGGGCUGCAGACCCGAAAUUAAAAGAAAUUGCCCUGGGGCUCGAGAAGAAUCCAGCCUUCGACUGAAAUAACAGGAAGUACACUGAAGCUUAAUAUGAGACAGCACAGAUCUUCU